GGCAGGCCAGGCUUUGCCUGGGUCACUGGGAGGAGCAGGGAAGAUGGGAGGUCCUGGCUCUUUUGCAGGGAUGGAGAGGCUGGUGGAAGGAGAAAUCAACCGACCCCUUAGGUCAUCUCCAGUUGCAAGAUUGCUUGGCCUUUGCCCAGGGUGCUGCCCUCCCUAUUGGCAUCCAGGGCAUGGGGCUAUGGCCUGACCACAUGUGCUGAGGGCAAAUGUGCUCAGGUCUGUAUCUCAGAAAGGGCUCGCAGCCUGCUUAGGCGUGUGUAUCCAGGCUUAAAUCUUGGUGAACUCUCCCCAGGGUCUUAAUUUGAGGAGCAUCAGGAACUGGGAAGCUUUGAACCAUGUUUGGGUACCUUUGUGUCCAAACGUCCUUUAAGUCCUUGCUAGGAACUGCAUCCACGUAUCAUCUCCCUUCCCCCCAACCUCCUUUCCCUGAGGGUUUUUAAAAAACACUUCCCAUUGCUUUUACCUUUCCAGCAAAUCUAGCUGCAGCUUGGAUGGAUGGCUUAUCUUCCUUUGCAGGUUUCUUGGGGAGCGUUUAACCAGGUAUCAGGCGUGAGCGUGGCUCUGAUUUUAUAUAAACCUGAGGAUGGAGGAAGAGAAGCAAAAUCUAUUCUCAUGCCUCUAGGUGGUUAAGGUUUUGCCUUGUUUAGAGCAGGGAGGAUGGAUUUCUCAAAGACUCUUCUGUUCCCUACUACUUUGGCUUUGGUUCAGAGCUGCAGGCAGCUCCAGAAUCUUCCUGAAGAGCUGGGUGCUGUGUGAUUUGAAGGGCUGCAGGAAGUCCUGCGUGUGUAGCCUUCAGGCUUUUCUUCUAGGUUGGCUGCAGCCACCUCCAAGGAGAUGUGUUGCAAAGUGGUGACAAUGUCCCCUAGGAAGGGUUUGGAUAAGGGUCUUCCCACUCACCUACUGCCUAACUUCUGCAGGUACCAGGGAAUGCUCCUCAUGACUCCCUGGGUCUGUUGUCAUCUCCCUACCUGUUUGCAGGGUGUAUGGGCAUCUUUUCCAACCUGCAGAAUCGUUGGCAGGAAUAGGCUCUCUGGGCCUCGUUUGUCGUGGGCUACUGGUGUUGCAAUGGGCUGUCUCUCUCCAGUGUCUGUUUCCAGCUCCACUCUGGAAAGAAAGGGGCCAACGCCGACUCUAGGCCGGCCUGCUCUGUAUUCAUUCAGCCCCAGCUCCGCUUGAGCAAUCAGAGCCAGGGUUGAGGGCAAGCUACAUUCUUUUCAGCCUUUCUGCUGCAGGAUGCAGUUUGCUUUUUUUCCAUACGAAUGAAUUAUGUUUGAAACCGAAAUGGGAGGAAGAGAAAAAUGGAGUGAGUGUGUAUGGGUAUGUGUGUGUGCAUGCCUAUAUAGGCAGGGGGAGAGCAGCAGGCACAUUAUUUUUCCAUUUUCCUUUAAUUAAGGCUCUGUGGAGGUGUGUUUGAAAACAGAGGGUCUCCUAUGCCUUUGAGGAGGGUGAGAACACUGUUUUGGCUGCGUCCUGGGCCAUAUGCAGCAUAUGGUGGCCAAUGAAACCGGGCCUGGCUCGUUCUGUUGCUUGUCUUGGCAGUCGGUUCCGUGGCUUGUAUUACCAGCUCUGGAACUUAGGGGCUGCCAAGCUCCAUGUGCGUGUGUGUGUGUGCGCGCAUUUAUGUGCACACAUGUUCGUGUGUGUGUGUGCGUGCGUGUGUGCGCGCGUGUGUGUGUGGUUUGGCCUCUCGGAACUCAGCAGAGACAAAUGCCUUAGCGACCCAGUCUUGGAAUUUUCAGCCUGUGUUUCUUUACUUCUUGCUGGCUGUGGGAGGCCUGGCCAGAGCCCACCAUUCUUAGUUGUUGUUGUUUUUAAGUCCAUUUUCUUGCUGUAGCCCACGGGAUUUAGUUGGGGAGCUCCAAUGGCAAAGCUUCAGCUGGCCAAUGGCAUUUUUUUUUAAAGACCAGGGCGGUUAUCACAACUUAUGUGUGUGUCUGUGUUAGGUGUUGUACUGUUAACCCCUGCCAGCCACCAAGGACCAGAGCUGGCGUGAAGCAGGAAGGGGAAAUAGAAAGCUUGUCCAGUGGCUGAACGUUCCCAGCUGCUUCUUGCUGCCUGGGCUAAGGAUCCCUGGCAGAGAUAACUUCAUGUGUAUUUAUUGAGCACCUACAUUAGGCAGAGGACAAAGCUCUGUUUAUAGGCAAGGCCUCAGAAGCAUUUCUCUGGUCUGUAGGGAAGAGCAGGAGUUCCCUGGGGGAUGGUUCCAGGUUCCUCUAUGGCUGGGAUGGCUGUGCAGGAUCAUGGCUACCCGGGUCCAGUGGCUUCUCCUGAACCCAGCUACCCCUCGUUGUCUUCUUCUGAAGCAGUGCAGGGAUGGACAGAUUGAAGGACACAGAAGAUGCUGGCUCUCUGCCUGGGGGCAGGAAUGGAAAUCUAGCUCUUGAUGGUACCUUGUUGCCAGGGUCUGUGCAGCCAUGUUCUGGCCUGCAAGGUGAAGGAGACCUUAGAGGAAACUGAGGCCAAGGGCAGGUGCUGGGCCCCAUUUCUGCACCUUUGUACCCAGCCCUGACCUGGCAUACUUUGUUUCUAUUCUUCAGUUAACUGUCAGGAUGCAAGACGGCCCUGCCCCCUUGGGGUUUAGAGCUGGAAAGUGGGAGAGCAGAGAGUCCUCUGGGGAGAAUCCUCUUCAAGGCUGCAGGAAAGAGAGACUAGUCCAGAAGGGACCUUGAGGGGUCAUCUGGCGCUAGUGGCCCUCCAGGAAGGAAGGCCGUGGUGGCCACACUGACUUCACACUGACUACGUGCAGGCACUGCUCCAGGUACUUUCCAAGUAUUAACUAAUUUAAUCCUCUUGACAGCCAUACAGGGCAAAUAACAUUGUUAUUCUUACUUUACAGCUGAGGAAAGGGAGGCACAGAGAGAUUAGGGAAGUUGCCCAAGGGUACACAGCUAGGAAGGGGCAGAGCUAGGAUUCACACUCAGAUCAUCUGGCUCCCGAACCACCACUCUUACCCCACCUUCCUCGUGGUCUACAGAGCUGGGACCAUCUGAAGAGGGCCUUUUGCUGCUUGACUUCACUCUCAGUCUUGGGGCCUUCCCCAUUGUCUUGCCUCUCGCCUUCUGGAUCCCUCAACUUUUGGAAGCUGCUUGACCUACAUCAUUCAGAUUCCAAGAGAGAGGUCAUCCUGGGUGACUCCUUAGCUCCAAGAAGAGGCUUGGUGAUUGAUUCUCCAAGAUUCAUGGUAGCAGGUUGGCCUGCCACUCCUCCUGCUAUGAUGCCUGGGCAGAUCCCGGACCCCUCGGUGACUGCAGGCUCCCUGCCAGGGCUUGGCCCCCUGACUGGACUCCCCAGCUCGGCCCUGACCGCGGAGGAGCUGAAAUACGCUGACAUCCGCAACCUCGGGGCCAUGAUCGCACCCUUGCACUUCCUGGAGGUGAAACUGGGCAAGAGGCCCCAGCCCGUGAAAAGUGAGGUGGGCAUCCUGGGGAAGGGAUUAAAGCUGAUGAGGAGGCUGGGGACACUGUUAGUGACAAGAGGAAAUGGGUCCCAGCAUUUGGAAGGGCCAAGAAAGGAAUAUUGGGUAUGGAGCAGCAGGGAAGAUCUUAAAUCCCAGCAGAGGUUAGAUGAGGAAGAGGAGCGAAGGAAAAGGCGCCGGGAGAAGAACAAAGUCGCAGCAGCACGAUGCCGGAACAAGAAGAAGGAGCGCACGGAGUUCCUGCAGCGGGAAUCGGAGCGGCUGGAACUCAUGAAUGCAGAGCUGAAGACUCAGAUCGAGGAGCUGAAGCAGGAACGGCAGCAGCUCAUCCUGAUGCUGAACCGACACCGCCCCACCUGCAUCGUCCGGACCGACAGCGUCAAGACUCCCGAGUCAGAAGGCAACCCACUGCUCGAGCAGCUCGAGAAGAAGUGACCAUGGGCUGGGAGGAGGCGGAGGAGGAGGAAGAGGAGGAGGAGGAAAAGUGACAACGAUCGAGGAGGACGGGGCGCCCAGAGAGCCCUUCCUCUGGUGCAUGAAAAACUGUGCAAUGGGGUUCGGCACAGCCAACAUCAGCCGAGCUUUUUUGUGAAACUCAGAUCAGCCACCCAGGGGGAAAAGCGGGCUGAGGAAACCCAGAGGGACCAAGCGCUGAGACCAAAGUUGACCCUCGGGUAGGGUUGUCCUGCCUGGGGCCCCACUUGAAGGUAGCAGGACAGAGGCACCGAGGCCAGGGAGACGCCCAACGAGGCAACCCUGGGCCCUUCUUCGGCCUCUUCACCAGGGCACCCACCCGAGGAACCUCCCAACAGCCAGGAAAAGCCAUGAGUUGCAACCAAAAUGCGGCUGAGGAUGGAACUCAGAAUGAAACUGCAACCCAUCUGCCCCCAGCCCUGCCCCUCACCCUGAUGCGAAGCGGGAGAGGGGCAUGCUGCGGGGCCCUGAUGCCCCCACCCACCUCGGUCCAGCGCGGCCCUGCCCAGGAGGCGGCAGCCGGGUGCACCCUCGCCAGCCCUGCUGGAGUUUGCUGUGGGCACUGAGGCGCGGGCGCCCUUCCAAAGCACAUACUCACCGAAUGUUUACAGACUGGCUGUCCUGGCAGGGCUUUCAACUGCACAUGUUUUUUAUACUUUCCUUUUUUUUUUUUUUUUUUAAAUAUUUUUUACAAGAAAAGAUUUUAUACAAGCAAUAUAUAUAUGGAUUUCUAUAAUCACUCGAUGUGAUACAGUAUAAAUAUGCUAUGGUUUGUUUGUUAUGAACAGAUAGCCACCAGUUACGGCCGUUGUGUGUAACUCCUAAGUACUGUAGUCUCUGGGUGUUGGGGGUGGCCGGGGCGGGGGCGGGGUGCAUUUCCAUCCUUGUAAACCCUUCAUAGUACUCAGUCCUGUAUCGCUCAGUAAACAUUGCUCUUACGUACA